GAAAAAAAUCCAACAAGUUGCAAGGAUGCAAGCGAAGAAAAACGAACAUUCCUGGUGACAUUAAGUGGAGAUGGGAGGAAACAUGAAGUGAGAGGCAGACUUACCGACAGUCUGCUGAGUGCCCUCAAGUCUAGUACAUAUAUUUGUGACUGGAUGGAGAGAAAAAAGGGGGUAGAGUUCCACUUAAUAGAGAAGAAAGAGCCUUGGAAUGUCUGUGUCAAUAUGGGAAUGCCUUUAAAGUAUGUACCUGAUCGCUCACAAUUUGAAUUGAAGUCCUACAAUGCAACUAAUGAAAGGUGGUAUCGCCAAUAUGAUGAUGUAAAAGACGAAUGUAUAGUGUUCUGUGUCCAUAAAAAAGUUUCUAGAAUGAAAAGCCGUAGAGCACAAAGAAUUAGGUUAAUCAAAAACCGCGACCUACUUAAAGAAUAUUGCAUACUUUGUAUCUGUGCCCCUAAAGGAGAAUCCAUAAAAGAUGCCCUGUGCAAUGAUGGCCGCUUUCUGCCAUUCCUGAAAGAAGAGAAUUGGACUCUGGAGGACGGUGCAACAAUCAUAGAUAACAAUUUUCCAGUUGACAACUUAUCAGGUCAGGUUUAUAAUAUUGGGGUGGAGCCUAAGCCAGAGCCGGAUUGUGAGAUGGGACAGGUCAACGCUAAAAGACAAAAGCUGCAGGACUCUGAAUUGGGGGUCCUACACUUGUAUCCUAAGCUGAAGGAAGAAAGAGAAAACAUUGCCAAAUUUUUGAGAUAUAAAAAGGAUAAACUUGAAGCUUAUAAAAGAAACUAUGGCAAGGAGAUGAAUGGCUCUCUUUCCUGCAAGUUGGUUAGGAUUCUUGCUAAAAAUAUGGAUUCAGUUGGAUUUAUAGGGAGGAGAAUCUCAGGAUACUUUCAAUGGGUUGGAACUUGCUUCGUUCUCCGUGGUAGAUAUAUAUUAACGUGUCACCAUGUAAUAAGGGACAUAGUUGGAGAAGGAAUUGAACCAAAGGACUGGGGAAAUAGAAUUAAGCAGUUAGCCCGUGUAACUUUCUGUUACGAAACUUUCUCUUAUGAAGAACCUCAUCGUAUGGAACCAUGGUUCUCAUUGGAGAACUGGUUUGAAAUAGCAGAUGAGGAUCUUGAUUUUGCUGUGCUGAAAUUGGAAGAAAAUGGAAGUAAUAGUCAUCCUCCACCAGGACUGUUGCAUUUACUUUCCCCACCACAACUAAAUGGUCCCAUUUUUAUCAUAGGUCACCCCAAAGGAGAAGUCAAGUCUAUGGAUGUUUGUCUUGUUGUCAGUAUACCUGAACGUGACAAGGCAAUUGGGGAUCAUUUGCAGAAACAUAAAGAUAUCUGUGUGUGUAGUUACAGGCCAGAGAAAUGCAUCCAUAGGUAUAAUCCAGAAAAUUUUAAGAGAUAUAGAAAUGAUCUUAACAUUGUCACUUAUGAUACCUGUUUUUUCAGGGGGUCAUCGGGUUCACCGGUGUUUAAUCAAAAUGGGGAGCUUGUUGCUUUGCACGCUGCUGGAUUUCUUUAUGAAAAGAAUCACAAAGAAUGCAGCAUAAUUGAAUUGGGCUAUUUAAUUGACUCAAUUAUUUUAAAAAUUAAAUCCACAUUUAAACCUUGGUAUGAUGCUAUAAUUGCUCCUGAUGAGGAUGCAUUUGUGAGUGAAGCAGGGGAGGAAAUGGAUUGCAAUUAAUAUUAUAUUGCUAAAGUUCAGGCGACUUCUCCAAAAAAUGAAAUUGCUUGAGCGAAAGUUAUCUGCAAAGGUUCUGCUUUCUUUGCUUUUCUUUGGAUUUAUAACAGUUUCUGACAUUUAUUUUCAAAUAUACAGACUGAACAUUGCUGCCACUCUACGUUAAAUCUUUCAAACAAUGCCUCAAAGUUUAGUGUCCAUUGCAUUUUUAGAACUCACGGUAGCAUACAUUAUUUUGUAGUUGUCUAUUUGUACUUCUGUUAUGCAAACACUGUCUUAUAUUAUUUGGGAGAGAAGAAGAGUGGAACUAAAAUGAGAUCACAGUUAGUGGCUUACAACAUUUUCUAGUAUCAUCCAGUCAUUAAUGUGGUGAUGUAAAGGCUGUCCUUUUCACUGUUGUUUUGGCAGAACAAUGGUUUGGUGAUUAUAAAAGAUACUAGAAAGGUAUGUUCCUCACUGCUGAGUCAGGGCAUUAUCCACCCAUCCUUGAAUUGGGAGAAAAUUGAAUUGCCAUCUUAUUUUACUUCUUGCCUUUGCUUUCAGUCACAGUCAGUUGCUUGCCUUCUCUUCAAGGUAACAGUCUUAGAUUUUACAGUGUUGAAGCUGCAGUUUGAUGGUGUUUGAAUAAGGGAAGAAAUGCAGCUAAGGAUGACUUCAACCUUACCCUAAUUGUGAGUAAAGGACAGAGACUGAGAAAAAGGCUAUUUCAAGAAAGAAGAAGAUGAUGAUGCCAGGAUAUGGUGCCAUAAUUAGAUGCAAUUAGG